CGGGACACAGCAGACGGCUGCUGCUCCGAUGGAUGAGAACCGCAUCCCGGUGCAGUACUUUCGGCUGGACCCCGGUCAGGAGUGGCUGUCCGAGGUGGUGGUGCUGCAGAGCGAGGCCAUGUGGGCGGCGCAGCUGAGGGGCAGCAAGGACGUGGUGGCGCAGGCGCUGGCGGUGCAGGGUCUCAUGCGUCUGGGUCUGCAGCUGGAGUCCAGCGGCGCCGCCGACUCCUCCUCCGUCAUCGGGGUGCUGCUGGACACGCUGCGGGCGCCGGGGGUGUACUGCCGCGUGAGGCUGGAGGCGGCGCGAGCGCUGGCGGCGUUCUCGGCCUCCAUGAGCACGCAGCCGGCCGCCCCCAACCUGCUGUCCUACUUCUACGAGCAGUGCCGUGACCCGCUGAGCGGCGUGCUGCGACCCAACUACUGGGCCGACAUGGCCACACACCUGGUGCUGCAGUCCAUCCCCGCCUGCCUGGCCAGCAUCCGCGACGUCUCCUUCAACAGCCCCCCCGAGGCGCUGCAGCUGGUCACCGACAUACUCGCAAACAACGACAACUCGGAGAACCUGUACGACGACUCCUGCUACCUUGCUGCCGUACUUGAGGCCGCGGGGCUGCUGCGCCCCCCGCACGCCUCCCAGCUGUCCCGCCUGCUGGGGCUGGUGGAGGAGCUGCUGCUGCGGGACGUGUGCCUGGCGCCCUCGCGGCACCUGCGGGUGGGGGCGGCGGCGCUGGCGGCCAUGACGCAGCUGGCCAUCAGCGUGAACCCCAGGCAAGGUCGCGGUGCGGGUGCGGAGGCCAAGGCGCUGGAGCUGUACGCGGGGGUGCGGCGGCAACUGCUGCGCUUCGCCAACCCGCGCCUCACCACCACCUCAGCGCCCGCAGCAACCACCACCACCGCCACCACUGGCGCCACUACCGGUGUCACGGCACUUGCCGCGGCACCACCGUUGCCCGGCGCCGCACCUGCAGCUGGAGCAGCUGCGUCUCAAGCGCUGGUACCGGCGGCCUGCUCCUCAGGCAACCAGCAGCUAUCCCACCACCCCCACCACCCCCACCCUGCUCCCCCUCACCACCACCCCCUGCACCUAUCCCAGUCGCAGCCUCCCUACCACCUGCUCCGCCGCGCCGCCUACCAGUGCCUGCUGCGGCUGGAGGCGGCGGAGGCCAAGGUAGCUUCAGGAAGGAGAGGAGGAGGAGGCGGCGGGGGUCCCAGCGGGUUGGACGGCAAGCCCGCCUCCCGCGUGGUGCAGCUGGCCGUGCGGCUGGUGCGGGGGGAGCCGCUGGGCCCUCUGAGGCUGGCGGUGAUGACGGAGCUGCUGACGCUGCUGGGUUCCAUGCAAGCCCGUGUGUUGGAGGAGGCUCGUGAGGACGGCAACGCCUCGCAGCCCGGAGCGCUGGUGGUGCCGGUCAGCCCCUCUGCAUGCGCGGCGCUGUACCGCCUGGCCCUGGGAGGAGGUGGCGGCAGCUGCAGCGGGACGUGUGGCCUUCGCGGCAGCGGCCUGAGUGAUGGCAGCGGCAGCAGCGGCGGUGAUAAGGAGGGGGGUGUAAAGGAGGAGGGUGACGGCAGCGGGGACAAGGAGAUGGUGGAUGUCGGAUUGAAGGAGGGGGCACUGGCUGUGCAAGACGGUGCUGGAGGGGAGCAGGAGGAGGAGGAGUGCGGUGAUGACCCACGGGUCAGACACCUGGCCUUCAUGGCGCUGCAGCUGCUCACCAGCCAGCCGCCCUCGCUGUACAGGACCUCUCCCGAGGACGCUGCGGCCCCCGACGAGGUGGCCGCCCCCGCAGAGCCCUCCAACGUCACCGGCGCUGCUCGGCCGCCCCGGAGCCACGUCACCGGGGGGCACAUGCUGCCGGCAGCCACCGCAGCCACCGGCGGAGGCGGCCCCGCCAGGUCCGCGGGUACGGCAGGUCUGUUCGCCGGACUCAGCGCCGGAACUGCGAAGGCAGCGGCGGCGCCGACGACGUCAACGGGCGGCGUGUCGGGGCAGGAUGGCGGCGCUGCCACGACGGCGGCGGCGGGCGGGAUGGGGAGUCAAGCUGUGGUGUCGGAGGCGGCUACGGCGGCGCAGUCCCCGGCACACUCCCCCGUCUCAGUCCGCCCCGCACCUUCCGGCGACGCCGCCACCACCGCCGUACACCCCGCCGCCAGACCUGGCUCCGCCGGCGGCGCAGCCGCACCCGUCUCCACCGGCGAGCUCACCCCCUCCACCAAGGGCCCGCCGCCACUCGGAAGCCGCCACUCCGCCUCCGCAGCCGCUCCUGCACCCGUGCAACCUCCAGCAGCUGCGGCCGCAGCGGCACCCAACGGUACGGCAGGCAGGCCGGCAGGCCGGUCAGCCUCUCGAUCCGUAUCGCCGCCGCGUCCUGUUUCCGCAGCCUCGCCGCUCAGGAGGGGCGACGGCGUGCGCACCGCAUCCGGAGCACCCGGACUUGGCGGACCCACGGGUCGGCACACCAGCCCGCCGAGGGAUCCGCGACUCACUGGCGCCGGCUCGCAGGCUCCCUCCGCGGAGGCUCUGGCGGGAGACCAGCUGCCCUCCGCGCCUCUGCCUGCGACACGGCCGCGCCCUGCCGCCAGCAGCGGCGGGCCGGAUGACCUGGAGUGUACCGUCCUGGCGCCCGCACCCGCACCCGCACCCGCACCUGCAUCCGGACCCAUGCCGCCGCUGGGGCGGAUGAAGCCCCUGCCGCCGCGGCCGGCAGGAGGUCCGCCCUCCCGUACGGCCAGUCCCAGUCCAGGCCGGAGCUCCGGAGCGGUGGCGGGCUCGUUGGCGGGAACAGCAGCCGCGGCAGCGGCGGCGGCAGCUGGCGCGGCGGCACGUGGUCCGUCGCCAGUACGACGGAUCUCCGUACCUGGGCAGCCGGGUCCUGCCGCUCGUGUCCAGGCAGGCAGCGCGCCUUCAUCGCCAACGGGGCCCAAACGCACCUCCCCCACUUCACCGCGGGGUCCUGGACACGCCGCUGGGCCCACGGUGUCGGGUGGGCAUGGGGCGACUGGCGCGGUGGCGCGAGGGCAGGUCGCCAGUCGGUCCGCACGGGCGUCGCCCGACGCUUCGCCUCCCAGCACGUCGCCGCCGCGGCCACAGCAGGCGGGCGGUGCGGGUCCCACUCGCAAAUGGCCCGCUGCCCGGCCGCCGCGGCCGGAGGCUGGCGCGAGGGCGGAGGGAUCCGCUGGGGUGCCGCCUCCGCCGCCGUCAACGGCAGCAGCAGCAGCGGCGGCGGGUCAGGCAGCAGCAGCUGGCGAGGGGAGGCGGAUUCCCCGGCCCGCGCAGGAUAAUGCCUCACCAACGCAGUUGUCGGAGGGAGCGCCGGCGGGUGGCGUGUCUCGGCCGACGCCGCCGCCACGUCCCACCGCCGCCGCCGCUCCAUCCCGACCGCCUGCAGCCGCCGCGCCGGCAACACCCCCGCCGCCACCCACACAGCCCCAGCCACCCCAGCCGGCCCUGGCGGCAACACCAUCAUCCGCCGGGGCUGCGCCACACGCCGGAGCUGCACCUGCCGCAGCGCCUGCUCGCCCGGGCAUCAAGCUCAAGCUCGGCUCCAUCAAGCGGCCUCCUGCUGGCGGCGACGCCACGCCCUCCAGUGGCGGCCCCUCCGGAGCCGCACCCGCAGCGGUACAUGCUGCAGCAGCUGCGGGCCCCUCGGCAACACCCUCCCUGGCCACGGCCCCGCUAGCUCGCAGAUUGUCGGUUGCGGGCUCCACCGGCGGUCCACCGCCGGCCGCCGCCACGCCCCCGCCGCCCCGAGCACCUGCGCCGCCGCCACCUCCCGCUGCUGCCCCGCUGCCCCCCGCUGCCAGCGUCGCUGCAGGCACGUCAUCUCCCACCUCCGCGGCGGUGCCCGCACCCUCCUCCGCUGCUCCUCUUGGUGCUGCUGCAGCCCCUGCGGCAGCCCCCGCACAGCCUCCCAAGCCCGUGGGUCUCAAGAUCAAGCUCAAGCUGCCCGGACUGGCAGCUGCCCGCUCGGCGGCACCUGCUGUCAGCACCGCCAGCGCCGCGCCGCCCACCCGGCCGCGACCGCCCACUGAGUCGGAUGCGGAGUUCAGGCAGGAGGAAGCCUCGCAGCAGCAGCAGCAGCAGCCACGACCCAAGACGGUGGUGAUCAAGCGGAAACCAGCGUGAUGGGAUGGGUGAUGAGCAGGACGCGAGGCUGGGUGUGUCGGCUAGGGGAGGAAGGGUGGGGAGCUGGGUUCUUCUUGGUGUGUGUGAUGGAUGAGAGGUAUUGUGCAUGGAGGGGUGUGUCUGUUACACGUGUCCCUUGUUCCUUGUAACAUUCAUUCUUGAGGCUAUUCGCUUGGCAGCUUACAAGCUGCGGAGGUUGUUCGUUCGUUCAAACGGGUUGUAGCGCACCCUCCUCCGUCAUCAGGCUGCGAAAACCCGCGUGAAGUGCCAGCGACAGUGCUGCUGAUUCGUCCGGCCUUCCCAUGUGCCCAGCAUGCUGUAGUGGGCCCUGGCGCCAGCUGGCGUGAUCCAAGUGUGUCCGCAAGAUCACCCUCGUGGUGUUGGUGGGCGGGGGUCGCGUGGUGAGGAAAGGGCUGAUAAUAGGGGUUGUGGGUCAUCGCAAUGCGGUGCGCUCAGGUGCGCUUUAACUGCUUGGUUGGUAGACGCUCCUCUCUAGGCAGAACCCUCACCACAGGAAUCUUCCGCUUACAGAUCUUGGUUGCCGUGCAAGCUAGGUGGCUUACGGCGGGCGUGAAAUUUAACCUAUUGUCGUAUAAACACACAAAGGGGGGCAAACGAACAGAGGGCCAUCUGUAGAUGCGUGUGUAGUACAACCGCACACCGGAAAACCAUUGGCAGUAGGCCCCUUCCUAUGGAUGUGGGUUUUGGGCCUGUACGACAGCGCGCGUACGGCCUCGCAAUUUGACCCGCCCACCAGGGUGGGGACAAAGAACUGGGUGAAGGCAGGUAGUGAAAGAGCGCAACUUGAAGGAGCCGUCGCUGGUCCAUGUGAUGUGACCAUAUGGGUCGCAGUCAGGCGGUGGCAUGAAGCAGCAAGAGAGCGGUGGGGUGACAGCCAGGGUGGCAGCUGGCCAAACGGACCACCGCCUACUAGCUGCCGUCUUGUACGGUUCCCACUGCAUUCCGAAGGGUGGCUAAGAUAGGCACUGGCUGUACUGCACGUCGACCUUAAGCGGGCCACGUGCAGCAGGCUGACUAAAGCAGACCACCAUCUGCCAUAAACCGGUCCGUACAUCCGUGCAUCUGGG